AUGAGUCAGUGGUCCGAUUACUUUCAUGAGAAUAUGCAAUAUCCUGACGUAAUUCUUCAGGCCUAUUUACUAUGCCAAGAAAGUAUUUUAGCUUCAACUGCUGAACAAGAAGCUUUAAGUGCUGAAGCUAUUGCAGGGGCAUGGAAAGCAGAAGUGCCUAAACCUCCUAUUGUGAUUGGUGAGAGUAAGUUCAUUUACGUCAUGGAAAUGUUCAAUGAACAAGACGGCUUAAGUUUCUGUCUCUACCAGAAAGUCAAAAAAGAAGGUGAGGAAGAGAGUUCAGAUGCUCCUAAUCUUCUUUUUGUUGUUAAGAUGGAUAGUUUACUUUGGAUGGGCCGAUUUAGUAAUAAGCAUAGAGAAGCUGUGAUUUCUUAUGUUAAAGAGAUUGCUUCCACUAUUUUUGACUAUUUAGUGCAAGAGAAUGAAUAG